UGCUGCGCGCCGCCGGGAUGCUGCGGGGCUGGGCGGCCGUGCUGCUCCUGUGGGGCUGCUGCUGGGGGGCCUCCGAGGACAUCGUGGUGGGCUGCGGGGGCUUCGUGCAGUCCGACGUGGAGAUCAACUACGCGCUGAUCGAGAUUAAAUUGUACACAAAGCACGGAACUUUGAAAUACCAAACAGAUUGUGCACCCAACAAUGGUUAUUUCAUGAUACCUCUGUAUGACAAGGGGGAUUUUGUCCUUAAAAUUGAACCUCCCCUAGGGUGGAGCUUUGAGCCAACCAGUGUCGACAUCCAUGUGGACGGCAUCAAUGACAUCUGCACUAAAGGAGGCGACAUUAAUUUUGUAUUUACAGGCUUCUCUGUAAAUGGGAAGGUUCUCAGCAAAGGUCAAGACCUGGGUCCUGCUGGUGUCCUGGUUGCACUGAAGAAUGCCGGCUCAGAGGCGACCAUUCAAGUGACGGUCACUCAGCCGGGAGGAAAGUUUGCCUUUUUCAAAGUGCUUCCUGGAGAAUAUGAGAUCUUUGCCUCUCAUCCGACCUGGAUAUUGAAAGAAGCAAGCACCACCGUGCGAGUGACCAAUUCCAAUGCUUAUGCAUCUGGCCCUCUCAUUGUAGCCGGUUACAAUGUUUCGGGGUCAGUCCGAAGCGAUGGGGAGCCCAUGAAAGGUGUCAUGUUCCUCCUUUUCUCCUCUACAGUAACCAAAGAGGAUAUCAUGGGAUGCAAAACCUCUCCUGUGGAUGGCUUCCCAUCAAGGGAGGAGUCGCUCACCUAUCUGUGCAAUGUCAUCUCCAAAGAAGAUGGUUCAUUCACUUUCCUGUCUUUGCCCAGUGGGAAGUACACUGUGAUACCCUUUUACAGGGGCGAGAGAAUUACGUUUGAUGUCGCACCGUCCCGGCUGGACUUCACUGUAGAACAUGAUAGUCUGAGAAUCGAGCCCAUUUUCCACGUCAUGGGCUUCUCAGUGACGGGCAGGGUUCUGAAUAGCCCUGAAGGUGAAGGAGUCGGGGACGCAAUUGUGACGCUGAAUAGCCAGAUAAAAGUGGCCACAAAGUCCGACGGUUCUUUCCGCCUUGAAAACAUAACAACGGGCACCUACACCAUUCACGCUCAGAAAGAGCAUCUCUUCUUCGAUACUCUUACGGUGAAGAUUGCCCCAAACACUCCCCAGCUGGCUGACAUCGUAGCCUCAGAGUUUAGUGUCUGUGGGAAGAUAUCGGUCACGCGAUUUCCCGACUCGAUCAAGCAGAUUAAUAAAUACAAGGUGACUAUGUUGCCUCAAGACAAGGACAAAGCCCAGGUGGUUACUACAGAAACUGACACUCAUGGAGCAUUUUGCUUCAGGGCAAAAUCAGGUGCCUACGUCAUUCAGGUAAUUGUUCCCGAAGCAGAAAGCAGAGCGGGUCUAGCCUUGAAGCCCCAAAUAUUUCCAGUGACGGUUGUUGCCAAGCCGGUGAUGGAUAUAACCUUCUCCCAAUUUCUGGCCUCUGUUUCUGGGAAAAUUACUUGCUUGGAUACUUGCGGCGAACUCCUCGUGUCUCUGCAGUCCGUGAACCGGCAGGGAGAAAAACGGAGCCUCCAGCUUGCUUCUAAGACCAACUCGGUGAAUUUCGUCUUUGAAAACGUGCUUCCAGGAAAAUAUAAAACAAGCAUUGUCCGUGAAGACUGGUGCUGGAAAAAUAAAUCCUUGGAACUUGAAGUUCUUGAAGAUGAUGUGUCGGGGAUUGAGUUCCGCCAGACUGGAUACAUGCUCCGCUGUUCCCUUUCUCAUGCAAUUACCUUGGAAUUUUACCAGGAUGGAAAUGGGCCUGAGAAUGUUGGCAUUUACAAUCUGUCCAAAGGUGUGAACAGAUUCUGCCUCUCAAAGCCAGGCGUGUAUGAAGUAACACCCCGUUCCUGUCACAGAUUUGAACAUGAAUACUACACCUAUGACACAUCUGCGCCAAGUAUCUUGACACUUACUGCCAUUCGGCACCAUGUCCUUGGAACAAUAACAACAGACAAAUUGAUGGAUGUGAUGGUGACCAUUAAGUCUUCAAUUGACAGCGAACCAGACUUGGUCCUUGGCCCACUGAAAUCACAGCAAGAACUGCGCAGAGAGCAGCAGUUGGCUGAGAUCAAGACGCGCCAGCAGGAGAGAGAAAGGAAGGGCCCAGAAGAAGAAGGAUCGAAGCCGCCCGUGCAGGAGAUGGUGGAAGAGCUGCAGGGGCCUUUCCACUAUGAGUUUUCCUAUUGGGCCAGGUCUGGGGAGAAGAUAACUGUGAUGCCGUCCUCAAAAGAGCUCCUUUUCUAUCCACCCUUAGUAGAAGCUCUUGUCAGUGGAGAAAGCUGCCCUGGGAAGCUCAUAGACAUCCACGGCAAAGCAGGUUUAUUCCUGGAAGGGCAGAUCCAUCCAGAACUGGAGGGCGUAGAGAUCGUCAUUGGUGAAAAAGGAGUGCCGUCUCCCCUCAUCACAGUUUUCACAGAUGACAGAGGCUCUUACAGUGUGGGGCCGCUCCACAGUGACCUGGAGUAUACAAUUACUGCCCAAAAGGAAGGAUUUGUUUUGAGCGCCGUGGAGGGAACAGUUGGGGACUUCAAAGCUUUUGCUCUUGCCGGAGUCACGUUUGAGAUUAAAUCUGAGGAUGACCACCCACUUGCCGGAGUUCUCCUUUCUCUCAGCGGAGGAGUGUUCCGUUCUAACCUCCUGACCCAAGACAAUGGCAUGCUGACCUUUUCCAACCUGAGUCCGGGGCAGUACUAUUUCAAGCCCAUGAUGAAAGAAUUCCGCUUUGAACCCUCCUCUCAAAUGAUCGAAGUUCAAGAGGGACAGAAUCUUAAAAUCAUCAUUAUCGGUUACCGAACAGCUUACAGCUGUUACGGAACUGUUUCCUCUUUAAAUGGGGAGCCCGAACAAGGCGUUUCCGUGGAAGCUGUGGGCCAGAGAGAGUGUGGCACGUAUGGAGAAGACACCAUCACGGAUGACGAGGGCAAGUUUAGGCUUCGGGGGCUGCUGCCAGGUUGUGUGUAUCACGUCCAGCUGAAAGCCGAAGGCAACGAUCACAUUGAACGAGCCCUUCCUCAGUAUCGAGCCAUUGAGGUUGGCAGCAACGACAUUGGGGAUGUGAAUAUUAUUGCUUUCCGCCAAAUUAACCAAUUUGACCUAAGUGGAAAUGUGAUCACCUCUUCUGAGCACCUCCCUACCUUAUGGGUGAAGCUUUACAAAAGUGAGAACCUUGAUAACCCCAUCCACACGGUCUCGUUAGGGCCAUCCUUGUUCUUCCACUUCCCGCCGCUGCUCCGAGACGGAGAGAAUUACUUGGUGCUUUUGGACUCUACGCUCUCCAGAUCUCAGUAUGACUAUACCCUGCCUCAAGUUGCAUUCACCACCGUUGGAUACAACAAACACAUCACUUUGGUUUUCAAUCCCACCAGAAAGUUGCCAGAACAAGAUAUCGCACAGGGGUCCUACAUCGCUUUGCCACUGACACUGCUGCUUCUGUUGGCCGGAUAUAACCACGAUAAGUUGAUCCCUUUGCUGCUACAGCUAACAAGCCAUCUCCAGGGUGUGCGUGCCCUUGGGCAGGCGAGUUCCGAUCUAGGCAGCCUGGAAGACAUGAAGCGGCAAGCCAAGAAACAGAAGACAAGGCGGACAUGAGGCGGAAGGGACGCCGGUCGUGUCAGAUCAAGCUGUGAGGAGAUCAACCAGCGAAGCUGCUAAGCAGGUCUGCAUAUGGGGACCUGGUGAAGAUGUUGUUGAAACUUGAGCUUUUUACUCAGGGUAGCUCCAUCAUGGGUGGAAGCAUGACAUUGCCUCAUUAGAAUAUCCCUGGUUGGUGUCCCCCCCCCCCAAAAAAACAGUGAACCAACUGGAAUCUUUGCCGUGGAAAACAUCUUCCAUAUGAGGAGCACUUUUGGUUGGAGAACAUAAAUUAUUUUCCAUUUUUUCCUUCUCAACUUUGUAAAACCAACUUGCUAAUAAAAUUGGAUUGGUCUCCCA